CCCACCUGAAAAACCAAAACAAAAAAAUCUUUUUACCCUAUGAAAAAAAAGUAAACAAACCGUUUCGGCAAAACUGCAAGAUGAGUGGAAACGCCUUUAACUUUGAAAUAAAGUUGAAACGUGAAAACAAAGUGUAUUACGAGAAUGACAUGCUGAUAGGAUGCGUGCAAUUUCAGUGCCCAACUGAAACCAAACACGAUGGAAUUCUGCUAACACUCGAUGGUGUCGUCAAUUUGCAGCUAAGCAGUAAAACUGUCGGACUGUUCGAUGCCUUCUAUAAUUCCGUUAAGCCCAUUACAUUGCUACAGAACAGCCUGGAGCUGUCGGCGCCGGGAAAACUAGGAGCUGGCAAUUCCGAAUUUCAUUUUGAAUUGCCGCUGGUGUGCAAAAAGGAACCACGUAAAUUAUAUGAAACUUAUCAUGGCGUCUUCAUCAGCAUCAAUUAUCAGCUAAAAUGUGACGUGAAUGUGAAGCGCAAUUUUCUGGGUAAAUCCCUGCAGAAAGUGCAGCAGUUUUGUUUGCAAUAUAAACCCUUGCCCCUCGGGGAUGAGGCUGCUCGACCUGUGCCGUUCAGCCUGAGCAUGAGUAAUGCCAAGGAGCGUGUAACAAUGCCGAGAUUUCUAAUCACUGGUCGCUUGGAUCGCAUCGAAUCCUGUGUAACGACGCCCAUUACUGGCAGCUUAACCGUGCAGCACACGGAAGCGCCAAUAAAGUCCAUUGAAAUGCAGCUAGUGCGUGUGGAAACCUGUGGCUGCGACGAAGGCUACUCCAAGGAUGCCACUGAGGUGCAAACCAUACAAAUUGCCGACGGAAAUGUGAUGCCCAAGCUCGAAAUACCAAUUUAUAUGGUGCUGCCACGCCUCUUUACAUGCCCUACACUAUUAACGAAGAACUUUAAAAUUGAGUUUGAGCUCAAUUUGGUGGUGUUAUUCAAGGAGGAUCACAGCGUCAGUGAGAAUUUUAAAAUAGUUCUUAAACGCGCCACAGGACCAUUGCCAAGCAAAAUAACAACCGCGGGUCGCUGAUUAAAUCGAUUUAAGCUACUAAAUGUGAAUAUUACAUAUAAUUUUAAAAACACAAAAUUAUUUAAUAAAAAAU